AUGUUAUUAACUGAAUUGAUAAUCUUAUCUUCAAUAUUGUUUAGCACAGUAAAUACCAUCGACUAUGAAGACAAUGAUUUAGCGAAAGUAUGUCGACCACUCGAUCGACAAUUGGAUCUUCUCUUUAUACUCGAUGGAUCUGGCAGUGUUAGCGGAAGUACAUUUGACACCCAAAUGGCAAUGCUCAAUAAAAUUGUUGAUAUGGUUGAAAUUGGCCCAGAAAAGACACAGAUCGCUGUAAUGCAAUACUCUUCAUACACACGAAUUGAAUUCGGUUUCAAUGUGUAUCGUAUGAUGGCACUGUAUCAUUUACCUCCAUUCACUUUCCUCAUUUUUUAUUUUAAAGCACAUCUUGACGAAUUCAUAAAUGAAAACAUUUUAAAGGAUGAAGUUGAAUUGCGAACAGCCAUCCAAAAAAUUCGUCACAUAUCAGGAACAACUAAAACUGGCAAGGCUCUAGAUAAAGCUCUUCAAGUUUUCAAACAUAAUGAAAUUUAUGGCUCACGAGUUAAUCAGGAGGAUGUUGCACAGGUAGCAGUGGUUGUUACAGAUGGACAUUCACAUGAUGACCCAGUGCCAGCGGCCGUUCGCUUGCGUCAAGCAGGAGUUCAGAUUCUCGCAUUAGGAAUUGGAGCACAUAUAAAUAUGGGUGAAUUACUGGAUAUAACUGGCGAUGAAAACCUAGCUUUCCAGAAUCUUAAUUCACAACUAUCGCUCGAUAAAUUCGCAAACCAAUUCAAGAAAAUCGCUGUUGGUGAACACUGCGACUUUUCAAGAGGACCACAUGGUGCUGAGAUCACAUGCAAAAGUGACUCGAUAGAAAUAGGUGUUUCCACAGUUAACCCCUUCUACGGUCAUAUGUAUGUUGUCGGACAAUUUAAUCGACCUGAAUGCGUGGUUAAUGCUCGAAAUUCUUCCAGAGAAAUACGUCUGACUAUUGGUCUUAAUUCCUGCAACAUACAAAAACAAUUUAUGUUAAAUCCAAAAGGAAUAAUGUUUGAGACUGGCCUCAUACUAAAAUUUCAUCCCUGGUACAACACUAAGAAAGAUAAAUUGUUUAGCGUUCAGUGCUUCUAUCCAGAGAAAUCUCCGAAAUUACCGAAAAAAUUCCUUCGCAAUCAUAUUGCUAUUAGUGAUAGUCAACCAAUGAAAAUGCCUUGCAAUUACAAAAUAACUACACGCACGACAGAACAAUGCAAAUUGGAGGAUGCAAGAGUUGGAGAUGAAAUAAUUCAUCUAUGGGAAUGUGCCCGAGAAGUUUUGGAUACAUACCAGUCAAUGUUAGUGCAUAGCUGCAUCUUAACAGAUAUUAACAGUGCCUUGAAUCGAACGAUUAUUGAUAAGAAUGGAUGCGUUGUUGAUACAUCAGUUAUCGAUCAACCAGACUACCAAGAACCAUUGAUGGUUUCCGCAGUUGGAAGAGCUGUAAAAUUUCCAGGCAGUACACUUGUGCAGUUAAAAUGCCAUUUGCGAUUCUGUGACCGUCUUCUUGGCGAAUGUGAUGGUAUAUUGCCACCCAAAUGUCGAAGAACAAGAGAAGCAACAAUAGAAGAUGUUAUCACAAAACAGGAUGUCUUUCCGAUCGAUAUGAAUUCGUUUUCAAAUAACGAUGAAGAUGAUGAUUAUGCUGAUAGUGAUUUUGGAUAUACAACAACAGUGUCACCACUUGUCACCUUUGGAUCUUCCAAAGUUGAAAAAAAGUUGCCUCCUCGACGUCGUUUAUCCAUCGAUCAACGUGUAUCGGCGAGUGCGAGUCGAGAAUUUACGCAAAAGCCAACUUCAGGAAAAUUAGACGCUUUGCCGAUAAUUCCAACAAAAAUUACUACUAGUGAAGAUACUUUGAGUCAUAUUCGACCAAUCGUUACCAAUGGGCGCACAUCGAAUGGACAGCCAAGGGUAAUUAACUUUCCGGUUGGUGGAAUAGAUUUUCAGCUGAACACACAAGAUGUCGCUAUUGUUAAUAACGAAGGCUUAAAGAAACAUUUCCAAAAAACAAUGGAAGUUUACAGCGAAGAACAAAAGAAAUCUAAUGAGAACAAAGAAAUCGCAGCGACGGAAGCGACAACGAAACAAACAAUAAAGAAUACAUUGAAGGAAAUUGCUACUACCGCACUAUCUCCGUUAGCCACCGAAGAUCCAUUUCAAGAUGAAGACGAAUUGCCAAAUGCAAUUAAACAAGUGGAAGCUGAGGAGACAGUGGAAGAUAAUGCAGAAAACGAACCUAUCGUACAACUUGAACAAAGGAUAGCGAGCACUGUUCAUCAGAAUGCCGCUUCCUUGGAAUCACAGCAACGCACGUGGUUAGCCCUCAGCACUUCUGGUUAA